AUGUCCAGACGCUACUGCCCAUCCUGUCGAGAAGCUGCCGCGGGGCAGGCGGCGGAAAGCGCGAAGGUUGAUUUCUCAGGAUUUGGAACCAUCAAAUCACGAUACCUCUGCACAGAAUGCGGCUCCUUCCUCUCUCCCGCCUCCGACGACGACGAGGACGACGGCGACGCAAAGAAGUCUACCACUUCCAAAUCCAAGUCUAAACCCACCGAACCCGCAUCUACGUCCAAUCUCACCCCACACCCACCCCCACCCUCAUCACAUGCACCAUCGCACGCUCACGCCGCCACAACACCGAAACGCCACCCCAACCCCUCACCAACAUCCCUCCUGACCUCCAACCUCCUCCCCUACCUCCGCACCCUCCCCCUCCUCACAAGGCUCCACACAACCGCUCCCCCACCCACCUCAGACAUCGACCUCACAGCCUGGACGAAACUGAACGCGCCGUACCGCCUCCCCGACGACGUGCGCCGGUUCUUUGCGGUCGCGGAUGGGCUCAGGAUCGAGUGGGGUGUUGGGGGGGACGGGCGUGGAGGCGAGCUCACCGCGGGGCGGAAAGCGAAGGAGAUCACGGUGGGCGUAUUGGAAAUCCUCCCCCUUCGGCACUGGACGCGGCUGGACGGGACUCGCAAACCCACCCCCACCACGGGCUUCGCUAAACAGGGGACGAUCCCACCCCCCUCACCCAAAGGCGGGGCGGCCUUCCUCAUCCAGCACUGCGAAGAGUACGGCUCCACCUGUCUCGUUUUCCCCGCAGCGGAAAGCACCAGUGGUGAUAUCAGUUCCCCGCACCGCACGCCACCCCCACACAUCGCGUUCUUCGACCCCCGCAGCAUGACCUACCGCCCCAUAGCAACGACCUUCACGGCCUACUUCAGGUUGAUGGUGAUGCAUAUGGGGGUGAGGGGGUGGCAGACGGCGUGGACGGAGGCGGGGAUGCGGCAGGAGGUGAUGGAUUGGGUGGGGUUUUAUGUGCCGGCGUGGGCGGGGGUUUACAGGAGGUGGUGGGCGGGGAGGAGGAGGGGUGGUGGUGGGGAGCGGACGGUGGGGAGUAGGGGAGGCACAACAAGCACCCAGUCGGCACCGAUGCCGUCAAAGGUAUUUGACGCGGACCGAUUUCGCGCGAUGAUGGCGAGUACCAAGCCCGGUAGUGCAUAGCGAGACAUCGUGGAUAUAAGUCAUGAAACGCAUUGACGCUCGUAAAUAAGAUAUCGCAUCGUGAUUGGGGCUGUGUAAAAUCAGGGAACGAGGUCCAGCCCAUCCACCCUACUACCUGACCCGCCUCAGAUCAUUCAUCAUCAUAUACCGACUCAACACCAUAUAAACAUGUCUAUCCCAGCUCAUCUGACUCGCAUGCUUCCCAAACGCGCGCCUGGCCGCCCGAUAAUCACUCCACGUCGCGAA